AUGUUGUGCAGGGCUUUUACCACGGGGACCCCGCCAGCACCGCGGUAUCACCACUCAGCUGUGGUCUACGGGAGCAGCAUGUUUGUGUUUGGUGGCUACACUGGAGAUAUUUAUUCCAAUUCCAACCUGAAGAAUAAAAAUGAUCUCUUUGAAUAUAAGUUUGCAACUGGACAAUGGACAGAGUGGAAGACAGAAGGAAGGUUGCCAGUUGCCAGGUCAGCUCACGGCGCAACAGUGUAUAGUGACAAGCUGUGGAUCUUUGCAGGCUACGAUGGCAACGCGCGGUUAAAUGAUAUGUGGACAAUUGGCCUACAGGAUAGAGAGCUCACAUGCUGGGAAGAGAUUGAACAAAGCGGUGAAAUUCCUCCUUCAUGCUGUAAUUUUCCUGUAGCUGUUUGCAAAGACAAGAUGUUUGUUUUCUCCGGCCAGAGUGGAGCAAAGAUUACCAAUAAUCUCUUUCAGUUUGAAUUCAAGGAAAAGAUUUGGACCCGAAUUCCUACCGAGCACUUACUUCGAGGCUCCCCUCCUCCUCCACAGCGAAGGUACGGCCACACCAUGGUUGCGUUCGACCGGCAUCUCUACGUGUUUGGUGGUGCUGCAGACAACACCCUGCCCAAUGAGCUGCACUGCUACGACGUGGACUCUCAGACCUGGGAAGUCAUCCAGCCCAGCCCAGACAGUGAGGUGUCCUACCCAGAAGUGGCUGAGAGAGUGUCUGCCCCAGAAGAAGCUCCCUCCUUGCCCUCGGAAGAACGUGGUUUAAAAAAAUCUCGUGAUGUAUUUGGUUUAGAUUUCGGCAUAACAACAGUUAAACAACCACCUACAGCAGACUCAGAGUUACCCAGCGGGAGACUCUUCCACGCUGCAGCCGUUAUCUCCGAUGCUAUGUACAUCUUUGGCGGUACGGUGGACAAUAACAUUAGAAGUGGAGAAAUGUACCGGUUCCAGUUUUCCUGUUACCCUAAAUGCACUCUACAUGAAGAUUAUGGAAGGCUGUGGGAAAACAGGCAGUUCAGUGACUUGGAGUUUGUUUUGGGAGAGAAGGAAGAACGAGUCCGAGGGCACACCGCAAUUGUUACAGCUCGCUGCAAGUGGCUGAAAAAGAAGAUCAUCCAGGCAAGGGAGAGGUUGAAACAGAAAUCAAAGCAAGAUAUUGAAGACGAGGGACAUGCGACAUGUCAGAAGGAUGGGAUUGGCUUUUUCCCCCAGCCGCUGCUGGAAGUGCCCAUCCGAGAGGCCGAGGCGCAGCCCUUCGAGGUGCUCAUGCAGUUUCUGUACACGGAUAAAAUAAAAUACCCUCGCAAAGGUCAUGUGCAGGAUGUGUUACUUAUUAUGGAUGUAUACAAACUGGCCUUAAACUUCAAGCUCUCUCGACUCGAACAGCUCUGCCUUCAAUAUAUUGAAGCAUCUGUAGAUCUGCAGAAUGUGCUCAUUGUGUGUGAAAAUGCUAACAAGCUUCAGCUGGAUCAGCUAAAGGAACAUUGCCUGAACUUUGUGGUGAAGGAAUCGCAUUUUAAUCAGGUAAUAAUGAUGAAGGAGUUUGAGCAUCUUUCUUCAUCGCUCAUUGUGGAGAUUGUACGGAGAAAGCAGCAGCCUCCUGUUCGAACACACUCUGAUCAGCCGCUGGACAUCGGAACGUCUUUAAUUCAGGACAUGAAGGCUUACCUAGAAGGGGCCGGGACUGAAUUCUGUGAUAUCAUCCUUCUCUUAGAUGGGCACCCUCGGCCAGCCCAUAAGGCGAUCCUCGCAGCCCGCUCCAGUUACUUUGAAGCCAUGUUCCGUUCUUUCAUGCCGGAAGAUGGGCAAGUGAAUAUUUCUAUAGGUGAAAUGGUGCCCAGCAAGCAGGCAUUCGAAUCUAUGCUUAGAUACAUUUAUUACGGAGAAGUAAACAUGCCUCCUGAAGACUCCCUCUACCUCUUUGCUGCACCUUACUAUUACGGCUUCUCCAACAACAGACUACAAGCCUACUGUAAGCAGAAUCUAGAGAUGAAUGUCACAGUGGAGAAUGUGCUCCAGAUUUUAGAGGCAGCUGACAAGACCCAAGCCCUGGACAUGAAGAGGCACUGCCUGCACAUCAUCGUGCACCAGUUCACCAAGGUCUCCAAGUUGCCAAAUCUCCGCUCCCUAAGUCAGCUGCUCCUUCUUGACAUCAUAGAGUCGUUAGCUAACCACAUAUCAGACAAGCAGUGCGCAGAGCUGGGCUCAGACAUAUGA